AUAUUAUGUUAUUAUUUUUAAUUUAAGUAGCAUAAGCCAUAACAUUUUCUAAAGAUGUUGCAUCAUAAAUUUUUGAGUAAGGGAAACCUGCAUUAAUUUUGUUUUAUGAAAAUUCUCAAUAGGAUUAAUUGAAUGAAUUUAAGAAAGUUAGGAAUGAAAAUUUAUUAUUGGUUGAAGCAAACAAUUAAGAUAAAUCUGUAAAUAGAUUAAUUUAAUUACUUUAAAUUGAUAAAUUACCAGCUAUAAAAAUAUUGAAAUGUGAGGGUAAAAGAUGGUAAGAUGUUUAAAGCAUAAAUUAUGACGAUUAAAUAGAUUAUGAAAAAUUGAAUAAAUUUAUAUUAAGAUAUAAAGAAGGCUAAUUAUUUUAUGAUAUUUAAAGUGAAGAUGUAACAGGGAAAUAAAUGGAAGAAGGUAUAGAGAUUGUAGUCGGACAUAAUUUUGAUGAGUAUGUUGAGGAUACAAAUAGAAAUUAUUUAAUUUAUUUUUAUUCAUAAGAUUGUGACUUAUGUGCUUCUAUGUUAUAGAAUUUAGUUAGAUUGAAUAAUUAGAUUAGAAGUGGAAAGACUUCAAUUAAACCAAAUAAAGUAAGAAUUGGUAAAAUAAAUGGAGAAUUAAAUAAAAUUCAUAGACAUAAAAUAGAAAAAUAUCCUACUUUAUUUAUGUAUUAAAUGAAUGAUAAGAAUCCGAUUGAAUAUAAGGGAGAUAGAACAACUGAGGGAAUGUUAAUGUGGAUAGAGAGUAUGAAUAUAUGAUAUAUAUAUUAAUCAAUU